AUGGCCCGCAGAGACCUUCGUGCGGUUCUCCAGACCCUUUCCGACCAGUCCCUCAAGACGUCGCGCCGUCUAGACGACACCUACUAUUCCAUCCUCGAGAAGGUCUCCGUACUGCGCCAGACCAUCGGAACGCUGCAAGAGCUCUCUGGCCUGACCAAAGAGCUCCACGAAAACUUCGAGUCGGACACGACAGAGUUGCUGGAGGAUGUGACGGGCCAAGUGGAAGCCUUCGAUGGCUUCAAAACACAACAGGAGCAAGUGAGCGGGUUAGAAGAGCGCAUCAAGGCGGGCAAAGAGAAAGCCGAUGCACUGACGGCGAGGCUCGAACGAGCCAAAGAGCGUGUCGAUGCGAGGGCCAAAUCGGAAGCGCAGUGGCAGGCGAAGAACACCCAUCGCGUGCGCAUAUUCUGGGCUAUAGUGGGCUUUGUAGCUGCACUCAUACUAGCUCUCGUUUUCUUCCGCCCGUCGCAACCGAUAGACAACUUACACGAACCGAAGAAUACACUCGAUCCUGCGACCAGGGAGGCAAUUCUGAAUGCCGACAUUCCAGACAUAGCAAAAGAGGCAAUUAUAGGGCCGUCGUCUAGUACUGCAGGUCCAAAAGUGGAGACCUCCGAAGCGCAGCCUGUACUGGAUGACGAUGAGCGACUGCGCGCAUUCGACGAGCUGUAA